AUGUCCCUCGUCUCCUCCAACCCCGCCUCCCUCACCAAGCAGACCAUAUCGUCCGCCGUCGAGCAGUACAAGGCCAGCCCGUCGACGCACGCCCAGGCGGCCCUCGACGCCCUGACCAAGCUCAGGGGCGUGGGCCCCGCCACCGCGUCCCUCCUGCUCAACGUCCACGACCCCGAAAACAUAGUCUUCUUCUCAGACGAGGCGUACUACUGGCUCUGCCGCGGCGGGAGCAGGGACACGCCCAUCAAGUACACGCCCAAGGAGUACGCGCAGCUGAGGCAGCGCGCGGGCGAGCUAGCGCGCAGACUCGGCGUCGGCAUGGUGGACGUGGAAAAGGUCGCGUACGUGAUCAUAAAGGGCCGGCGUCGGGAGGAGCAAAAGGAAAAGGGCACAGGUCCUGGCAGGGGUGACAAGAGGGCCGCCGCGGCGGGGGAGGACAAGAAGAAAGCUGUCGGGAAGGCUGCCGCGGAAACGAACGAGAGCGCGCAUAAACGACGGACAACCGAGGGCGUUGAUGAGACGGGCUUGCGGCGAUCAAAGAGGCACAGGGCCUGA